CCUGCGGCAUUCUGGGCAACCCUGUUGACUUGUCGCCAUGGUUACAGUUUACCGCUGGGAUUUUGGUGUUUUUUUAUGUUUGUCGGCGAGCCAAGGAGCCAAACAAACAAAAUAGUAACAUAAUAGUGAUAUGUAGAUGAUUUAAACUGAAUGUAAAGAUGUCGGAAAUAUUAUGCAGGUGGCUGAACCAGGAGCUGCAACUAUCAAAAGCUGUUGAGCCAAAGACCUUUGCAAAAGAUUUCUCAAGUGGUUACCUAAUUGGAGAGGUCCUACAUAAAUAUCAGUUGCAAAACGAUUUCAGUAUGUUUAUGAAAAAUGACACCUCCAUCUCCAAACUCAACAAUUUUACCCGCCUGGAGCCGACUCUUCACUUACUGGGGAUAUCUUUUAACCUAAACACAGCACAGGAACUGAUACAGGAAAAGCAAGGUGUUGCCACCCACCUACUUUACCAACUGUAUGUAUCACUUGAAAAGAAGAAAAGAGUGGAAAUCAGCAGGACCAUGUUGGAAAUGAUGCAGCCUGUAGCCAUUGCAAACCUCCACAAAAAGGAGUUUGACAACUACUCUGACCGACUGCAUCACGUAGUUAAACGUGACACAGAGCUGAAGCUGCAGAAGAUUUCUCAGCACUAUCAAGAGAAAUUCCAGCUACUGAAUGACAGGUCUGUCGUACCCCAUCCCAUCUAUCAAAACAGACAACUCCUCCAGAGUGAGAAAAGAGUGAAGAAUAUUGAAAAGCUACGCUUGAGUCGUCAGAGGCACAAUGGCAUCAUGCCUUUUAACCCGGCCACUAUUAUCCAAGUUCCCAAGCCACCAUCCUACACUUCAAAGUUCAGCCUAAAGAAGACACAGCAGGAGCAGCAACAGCAACGCAGACAAAGUCAAGUACAGAAGGUGCAGACUGAAAUAGACCAGUUUGAGACAAACAGGAAGAAACUUCUAGUUACACCUGGCUUUGCUUCAUCUACAAGUGGCCAGCCCUUCCAUAUAAAUUCCCCCCUCGUGGGCAGUAGCCUCGACUGCGAAGUCCCUGAAAGUGGAACAAAGUUAAUAUUACAGUCCAAUAGCAAGUAUAUACAGGAGAUCCGUCAAAGGCUGAAGGAGAAUGCUACAGCUCAGGAGCACAGGGCGAAAAGACGUGAAAGAUUCAUUGUGGAGCAGCUCAAAGCCCAUGAAGCCCAUGAGGAGUCAAAGCGUGAGGAUCAGCUGGUGAAGCGCCUCACACGUCAGACUCAGCAGGAGCAACGCCUGGCUGCUCAGCUCCUCCAGAUUCGCAUGCAAAAGGAUGUGAUCUUUGAAAACCGUCUGGCCAGAGAGCAGCAGUACCAGCAAAGAAGAGAAAAAGACUUCCAGGAAGCUCUGGAGAGGGAGGCGGCUUUGGCUCAGCAGGCUAAGCUGGACUUUGCGGAAAAUAUCAGAAAAGAGCUUGAACUCUUUAACAAGACUGCCACUGAGCGAUCACAGAUCAAACACCAGAAGCACUUUAAAACCUGCAAAGACAUCUUGGAGCAGAUAGUGGACUUGGCCACCAAGGUUGGAGAAUAUCGACUUCUUGCAGGUUUGAUUCCAGAGAAGCAAAUGAGAGAGUGGAAGGAGUUGCUGGUCAGUGGUCUACCUCUCUAUGAGCCCAUCGAGAGCCAGCAGACCACUGCUGGGUUCUCUACCAUACUAGAUCCUGUAGAGCUUCAGAAGCAGAAGAUACUCAACAAUCAGGACUAUGAUGAAUACACUAACAUGGCAGGUGAGUGGGUAUGGCCAGAGGAAGCAGGGGCCGCCUCAUUUCCCCCAACCAACAACAACAUUCUCGGACAUGUUGUCCUGCGGCUGAGGAACAUAGUUCAUCCACCUGUCAUGGAACUCUCAACCCAACAAUGUCAACCAUGUCCUCACUUCACCUUAAAGGCCUGUGUCCUUGGCAAAUUCUGUUCUGGCAAGACCACCUGUCUGACCAAGAUGGCUGAAGCCCAUGGGAUCUAUGUUUUAUCAGCUGACAGACUGAUUAUGGAAGCUUUGAAUGCUUAUCAUGAUGGAGCAGUUAGUCAGGCCAUGCAGGGAGCAGUUGUAGAAGAAGAGCUGAGGAAAGGCAACGUCAUCCCUAAUGAGUUAUUAGUGGACAUCAUAGUGGAGGCUAUUAGGCAGGUUCCAGUUGAGUCAGGUUGGAUUCUGGAUGGUUUUCCAGUAGACAUCACCCAGGCUCAUCUGCUAGAGAAAGCUCUGGGAGGGUCUGUAAGCAUAAGGAGUAAGACUGAAGACAGCAGAACGAACCUUGCUGCUCAUCCUAAUCCACCCACACCUCCACCACCACCGUCUCCUGUACUGAACCUGGCUCUGCUGCUGGAUAUCCCUGAUGAGAGUGUGGUCCGACGUGCAUACAGUCACAUUGAGACUAAUUCUGCUGCAGAUACAGGGUCCUCUCCCAUAGACCAAAAUCUGUAUUUGGCACAGAUUUCAAAUAGACUCACAGCUUUUCAGGAUUCUUGGCCAAAACUAGAGAAAUGGUUUGGUGGAAAGCAAAACAUUCUGGUCCGUGUUGAUGCCAAUACAGAUGAAGACGAACUAUAUAAGAGGGUGGAAGCUGUUCUGCUGCAACUGAUGUCAACAAAAUCAAAAGCUGCCCCUCCUCCUGUUGAAGAUGGUUUGGACAGUGGAAAACCUCCAGAUUCAUCUACUUCAGACACACCUCUUCCUGUAGAUCAACCCUUAGCUCCUGCAGAUGAAGCCCCUGUACCCAUGGAGUCUACUUCAAACCUCAAGGCGGAAAAUGACCAAAAUGAGAUGUCAAUUAACAGAACCAACACACAAGCCACCAAAGAACCCUCUAGGAAGGCAUCAGUUUGUUCAGUGACCUAUCAGGACACUCAGGGAGUUACCGAGAACUCACUUGAGGCUACCGCUCCAUAUCCAGGUUCAACCACCUGGGUCUACGUGGAUGAACCACUUCCACCAGAGGUUCCAGAGCACUUAUGCUCCUACUGGGGCACAGUAUGUGAUUCCUAUGUGAGCAACAUAAAGACAGUGAUGCAGCAGCUGCGCACACAGCACACAUUUAUUCACCAUCAUCUAUUCAGUAUCAGAGAGAGGUUCAAGCAUUACCUGGAGCGUCCGGACUUGAUGCAGGAGUUAGUGUGUGAAUGGCAGAAGGAUUUCAACAGCAUAUCUGAUGAUAUGAGAGAAGAUGAAGAUACCAAAGCAGAGCUUCACCUGAGACUGGACGAACUGCGUGAACGUUUGUGGGACAUCAGUGAUAAGAGUAAGGAGCUUGACGAGCAAGAGAGGACUGCUUUUAUAAGUGAUGGCUGGUUAGAGGAUCAUAUUUCUCAGCUCAUCGAACACCACUCUAGACUCAUACAGGUGGAGUUGGACCGUUUCCAGGAGACAGCGACUAUUCUUAAGGUCUACUAUUCAAGCAUGUGCAAGCAGGUGUUGCCAGAGCCACAUUUGGCUUGUAUCCCCCCUCUGACCACCUUGAAAAUGAAGGAUGAGAGUGCUCCCCCACACCCUAAACGUCCUGACACCUCUAGAGAGGCUGUUAAGAUGAAAGACCAGCGUCAGCCAGAACCUGUCAAGACACGGCAUGAAGAACUCAUGUUCCACUAUGAGGAGGCAACCAAAAUCAUCAGUAACUUGGUGUCAGCAGAAGUCCAUCAGGGGGAGACAAAGGAGCAGAAGGAAAAGGACUGGAGUGACAGCAAAAACCCAGAAACCAGCCAAAAAAUACAUGAAGAAUAUGCAGCUGCACUGGAUCAUGAGGAGAAGGCAGCCAAGGUGCGCAUUGCACUUGUCAAAGGUCAUGGUCUGCAGAUGGUUCACACCCUGGAAAGCAGAGCUGAGCAGACUUUUACCAACAUGCAGAGCCUGUUAGAAGCACACUAUCUUGCCGAAAUGAAGAGUAUUGACCAAUUAACAGAGGUGGUUUGCCACCACAUAGAGGCUGGUGCUAAGCUGCAGAAUCCACUGGUGUUGGAAUGUACAGACUUCUAUCUGAAUGGAGACUGUCACAUGGUGGCCAACCCUUUACAUCCUCUUCGUCCCGCUGCUGUAGAGAAACCCACACUUUCGACCCCAACUAUUGAUCAACUAGAGUCUCUCUGCCAACAGCUGUACAAUGUUUCCCCUUCAGGUCUCAUGUCGAGUUCUGAGUUCUUCAGGUUGCUCAGGGAUUUGAGCUCUGUUAGCAUGUGCCGAAACACCUUGCCCGAGCCUUGGAUCGACAAGAAUGAAACAAAGCUAAAGAAAAUUGUGUCUGUACUAACAGACCAUCAUGAGCUGAUAGACUGGAGACGGUUUCUGCUCAGUGCUGCCCUCCCUUGGCCUCUUCCUUCACUAACAGAGCUGCUGCUUGUGCUACAGCGUUUUAGAGCAGCAGAUAAUGGAAAUACGGGAUAUAUCAAUAAAGAACAGUAUCUAAAGACAGAGUUGUGGUUUUACAGUGAAAGUGUACAAUCUGUACCUGAGGACCCCUCUGAGCCUCUGCCCUAUGACCGCCUGGAUAACCUACGCAAGUUCUUUUUCCAGUUAUUUGCAGAUCACUCUUUCUCGUCUCCUCGUCUGGACUAUGUGUCCAUGCUACUGUACUUUGCAGCUCAUUUGAGCCCCAGACAGGGUUUUAUCAGAGCACUCAGUGUUGUACUCGGACAUCAUCUCAGGCACUCAUCACCAGACCAGCUCGUCAUAUCUAUGCCCAAUAUAGAAGUGUCUACAGAGCUCACCUCUUCAAAUCCUGAUGAGGAGCACAACGAGAAUGAGACUCUUUGUUCAUCAAACAGUUCACUAGGAGAUCAGGAGGUUUCUGUACCUGCUCUUCUUGCUGUCAUCUGCUACAAAGCCACCAAAAUAAAAGUCUUUCCCCAAAACUGGCUGAGUGAUGAGGAGCAAACUCAGCACCUUGUCAGUACAUUCAGAGAGCUGGGCUACAGUCCAGAUGACUAUGUACCCUUCAACAUUCUCUGUCAGCAUCCUUUCAUCCAGGGCCUGAUGGAUUCUUCAACACGCUACCAGCUUAUAAAUAUUCACUCAGUGCUACUUGACCAUCAAGGUGAAGAGGAGUCUAAAGGCUCAUCAGUUUCCUAAAGAAUGAGACGUGCACUUUGCAAGUGUGUACACUCCAUAGUACUGGAUGUGUGAUAAAGAUCCCUUUUUAAGAUCUCUAAUUUUGCAUUUGACAUGUCUGUUGUAUUGCUCAUUGCAGUAUUAAACAAAUAAAACUUUA